UAAUUUGCAUUGUUUACUAGAUUUACAAAUAAAUAAAAAUCAAAUGUAAAACACAACACGACGAGCAAAAGCCCAACAGACAUCAUCACAAAAGAACGUAAAUUAACAUAAAUACAAUGUCAUGUUAAAAAUUAGUUGGUUGCGGCAUAGUAGGACGCGAGAAGUUGAAGAAGCCGGUAUCGGAAAGGAAUCAACCCUCUAACUUUUUUUCAUAUCUAUCUAAUCAAUAUAUAAUCAGCUGGGGUCAACGAUUAGAAUUUGAGGCUAAACAAAUCUAUUCCAUUGGAUGUAUUCGCCAUUCGAUCACAGAACAGUAAAUGAAGUGUAUUUGGAAAAAGGGUUUAAAGGUCGUUCUGUGAAAAAUAAAUUGUAAGAAAAUAUUUACAUUUGGAAAAUUUUAACAACGCCCAAAUACAUACUAUAUAAAAAAUGGUGGCUGCAUCGAAAUUAAGUCAAGUAUUCACAUACGAUUCAUGGGUACAUGCCAUGUCUGGCGCCGCUGGCGGAUGUAUAGCAAUGUCAACAUUUUAUCCAUUGGACACAGUUCGUUCCAGAUUGCAACUUGAAGAUCCCGAAAAGAAUGGCGAAGCUCGAAGCACCAUGCAAGUAAUCAAGGAGAUCGUGCUAGGGGAAGGAUUCCAAUCAUUAUACCGUGGUCUUGGUCCCGUAUUGCAAAGUUUAUGCAUUUCUAAUUUUGUUUAUUUUUAUGCAUUUCACUGUCUUAAAGCGAUAAGCAGUGGUGGUGAUAAAAAACAACAGAAUGCUUUUAAAGAUUUGAUGCUGGGUGCCGUAGCUGGUAUCAUCAACGUCUUUAGCACAACACCCUUUUGGGUUGUAAAUACUAGACUGCGUAUGCGCGAUGUUGCCGGUACAUCAGAUGAAGUUAAUAAAUAUUAUAAAUCCCUUCUGUCUGGCCUACGUUAUGUUGCCAAAACGGAGGGUGUUAAGGGCCUCUGGUCUGGAACAAUACCGUCAUUAAUUCUAGUCUCCAAUCCAUCACUGCAAUUUAUGAUGUAUGAAUUGCUGAAACGUAAUUACAUAAAAUACAACAGAAGUAGUGAAAUAUCCAGCCUGGGAUAUUUUGUUAUUGGAGCGAUAGCGAAAGCGUUUGCCACUGUCAUGACAUAUCCUCUGCAAUUGGUUCAAACUAAGCAAAGGCACCGAACGAAAGAACAAAAUGGGGCAAGUACAUCCAAGCAGGCUGCGGCACAAAAAGAUGUUGGCGUUAUUAAAAUGAUGUUGGAUAUAUUCCAGCAUCAAGGUGUAAAAGGACUCUUCCGUGGCAUGGAGGCAAAGAUACUGCAAACUGUGUUAACAGCGGCAUUAAUGUUUAUGGCCUAUGAAAAAAUUAAUAAUACAGUAUUUUUGCUCUUGAAAAAGACUCCAACGAAAUAAUUUACCAAAACAUAUUUAUAUAAUUUGGAGUAAAUUCCUUUUUUUAAAGUGUUGGUAGUCAAUUGUGCGACUUGGAAUGUUGUAAAUUCCAUGGUAUUAUCCACUAAUUAUUUUUAUUUUAAUAAUGUUUAAGUUAUGGCUAUUAUUUUAACAUUAUGGAGUCAGGUGCAUAUUUAUUGAUUGAACAAUACAAAUGUAUUUUUUUAAGUUAACAAAACCAUGUGAAAAAGUGUUUAAAUAAAAAGGCAAAGAAAAAAAUGUGGACCCAAUCAGCUUUAAACUGAAGAUUAAA